AUGUACGGCACGAAGACCACUAGCCGAAAUAUCUCCCAGUAUAACACACUUGCAGUGUCCCGCAACAGCUUCACGGCCGACUUCUCUUCUUCGAGACGAGAAUUAUGGGCGAAAAAGAGAGAGCGUCACCACGUUCGAGAGAAGACGAUAAAUUCUGCUAAUGAAGGGAAUGCGAUAACGACUGCAGCGUCAACAAUGCCAAAGAGGCGAAUUAUUAUUCCGCCAGUCACAAACAACCUUCAAAUGGAUAAGAGUUCCAAAGACAAUAUUUUCGAGUCACAUCACAGAUGUAUGAUUGGACUAGGAACGGCCAAAGACGCUUAUUGGGAUGCCAUAUUAGAAACGUUGAGCAAUGACGUUAAAGGACUAAAACAUGGCUUGGCUAACUCUACAACCCAAGCUCUCGACGAUCUCCGUGGAGAAAUGAACAGGCCUUAG